AUGGCUAAAGCAUCUACCUCCUCUCGGCCUGAGUCACUUCAGGAUGCAGAAAAGCUCACCCAGGGUGAUUCGUCGCUGGAUUCACAGGAAAAGCGGCAAAUCACCGGCUUCAAGUGGUUUUUAUUUCUGUUCAGUACCCUGACGGCCAUCUUCGUCUACUCGCUCGACAAUACAAUUGUUGCCAACAUCGCUCCGAAAAUUGUCAACGAUUUCAACGCGGUCGAAGAUUUGCCAUGGCUGUCGGUCGGGUUUAUGAUCGGGGGAAUGGCAAUGAUCCUGCCAUUUGGUAAAAUAUACACACUUUUUGAUGCCAAGUGGGUGUUCAUUGUAUCCACCAUCGUGUUCAUGGCAGCCUCUGCACUUUGUGGCGGGGCGCACACGAUGGACGCCGAGAUCAUCGGGCGAGUCUUUGCUGGAGCAGGCGGUAAUGGAAUGUAUUUUGGCCUGCUUGCUCUAAUUUCCAUGAACACCUCCAGCCAAGAACGCCCAAAAUGGCUAAGCUUGAGUGGCUUGGUCUGGGGUCUCGGGACGGUUCUGGGUCCUGUUGUCGGCGGCGCGUUUGAGCUGUAUACUUGGCGCUGGGCAUUCUACAUCAACCUGCUGUUCGGCGCCAUCUUGCUGCCAACCUAUCUAUUCGUCCUCCCAUCUAACGACCCCCUACCUGGAACCUCGCGAUGGCAGAAACUGGCCACCUUCGACUGGGCGGGCACAGUACUCAGUGUUGGAGCAUUUACAACUCUGGUAAUGGGCAUCAACUUCGGUGGAACUCUUUACUCAUGGAACAGCGGGCAGACGAUCGCGCUGUUCGUUGUUUCCGGCGUUCUGUGGAUUAUUUUCGGCCUCCAACAGGGUUUCAACAUUGCCACCUCGACCGAUAGACGCAUUUUGCCAAUCCACCUCUUCGCCCAGAAGGAGCCAGUCUUACUUUUUAUCUCUUGUGCGGCGGUAGGCGCUGUUUCCUAUGUCAGUGUCUACUACGUCCCUAUUUAUUUCCAGUUCACACAAGGAGACAACGCGAUCCAAUCUGCCGUCCGUCUACUCCCGUUCAUCUUCCUGCUAAUUACCACCAUUCCCCUUAGCGGUGUCAUGAUGUCUCAUGUCGGCUACUACAAGCCGUGGUACGUGGGCGGCAGUAUAAUUGCCCUGAUCCCGGCUGUUUUGAUGUCUACCAUUGUUCAUGUCGACACCCCAUCAGGUGUGAUCUAUGGACUUGAGAUUGUGCUGGGGCUUGGAGCUGGCGCCUACACCCAGGCCGCCUUUGGCGUCAUCCAGGCUGUCGUGGUCCCGGCCGAGGCACCCAAUGGGCUGACUCUUAUGUUACUCGCCCAACUAAGCGGCAUGACGCUAGGCUUGUCUAUCAGUGGCGCCAUAUUCGUCAACCUAGCAUCGAACGACCUGUUCGCCCUGCUCCCGGAGUAUCCGCAAUCACAAGUCAGGCAGAUUGUCUCCGGAACGAGUGGCCAGCUGCUCUCCUCGCUGUCUGAGAAGCUGCGUGAUCAGGCGCUUGUCAUCAUCGUGUCCGCAUGGCACAACAUUUUUAUCUGCGUGUAUGUCGCCGCUGCUGCAAGCUUGGUAUGCUCGGUCUUUAUGUCGCAUAAAAAAUGCAACGUCUCGGCCGCUGCGGGUGGUGCGUGA